AUGAAAAGCUUCUUCAUCCUUGGAUUUCCUGGACUUUCACCACAGUAUUAUGGACCCAUAUCAACUUUUCUUUUUUUUGUUUACCUAGCAAUUGCAUUGGGGAACAUUUUCAUUUUAUCAUUUGUUGCCUAUGAAAAGUCCCUGCAAAAGCCAACAUAUCUGGUCUUUUGUCACCUGGCCCUGAAUGACUUGACAUUUGGCACUGUGACACUGCCAAAAAUCAUGUCAAAAUAUUGGUUUGACAAUAGUGUUAUUUCAUUUUAUGGCUGUUUUACGCAAAUGUUCUUUGUUCAUUAUUUGGGAUCAGUAACAUCUUUCAUCUUGCUGGUAAUGGCUC